AUCACGAUCUAGUAGGUGGUCGGCGCGGUUCGAUUGUUUCCACAUCGUUUCGCGCUAUUGGGCGCCAAUUUCCUUCCGGUCUCCUUGGGACGUAAAAAUCAAGUGGGUGCGAUGUAAGAAACGACGGUAUAAUAGUAUAUUCUGUAUACUUUGACACUGUGUGGGGAGACUUUGACAUUGAAAAAUAAUGUAAGGGGAGAUUGUGGGGCGAUUGCACACCAGGCUGCUUUUGGUGCUAGGAAGUACUUCGAAACUAGGAGCGACGCUCGCUGCUAUUAGAGGAAUGCAGUCGACUCCAAUGCUGAGAUCUCUGAGCUCAGAUUCUUCGAGCAGAAGGGACUGGAAGCAAAGGCUGAGCCUCAGAGACAAUCGCAGGAAAGAAACGGACUCGAACACGCUGAGGAAAGGCUGCACGAGGAAAUGGACCAGCCUGAAGCAGCACCCGAAACUCUGCGGGGGCGAGCAGCUGCUGCAGGAGAUGGGCACGAGCGCCUCCCUAUCUACUACCCCCUCUUCGACAGCCCACCCCAGUCCCCUGCUGGCAUCCGGCGGGGGGGUGGCCGAGGGGGCGCGAAAAAGCAACUGGCAGGUCAUCGAGCACUUCGGCUCGAAGGAUAAGAACAGCCUGUCGUCCAGCCUGAUAGCGGUAGGAACGAUCUCAAGGUCACCACCCCUGAGAGAAAAUGGCUCCGCCCCCAAUUCUAGUCCCGACCUUGACAGUCACGAGGUGGAAGCCGAGUUACUGGUCACGCCCAAUCAGAUCGGCAAACAGAAAGGAAUUUUCCCAAAACUCAGGAGACUCGUCACUAAAGUGUGCAGUACCCACCAAUUCAGGAACGAACAGGUGGAAAUGCUCUACCAGAGGUAUUUCCUCAAAAUGAACCAGAGCAACAUGACCAAUCUGAUUUCCCUGCUACUUCUGCUAUGUAUCGGCUUUCUGCUAGUAGCAGUAAUCGACCUAGCACUGCCUAGGUCGAUCGAAGCACACGGAAAUAAGACUGACAAGUUGCUGGUCCUCGGAUGCACUUCCGGAUGUUGCAUCGCCAUAUACGGAGUUCUGCUGACGGUAGUCUCGAAACCUGCCAUGAACGAAGUCUACUUGAUCAUCAUCUCCUAUUUCAUUCUAGUCACUUUCGUAACUUUAGAGAUAUGCAUAUCGUUUUUCUUCGAUACAUCGCGCGCCCUUAUGGGCACUACUUUUGCGCUUGCGUCGACCUAUUUGACGUACGCCCUGAUGCCAAAUCGUCUCAAGGACGCCCUGUUGUCGGGCGCCAUAUUGGCAGCCACAGAAAUCAUCCUUCUGAUCUACGUUGGUGGAAUGACAGAAUUCUCAGAAGUAAGCAGUUGCUUUUUGAUUUUGCUUUGCGGCAAUGUGGCAGGUGUGUGUACACACUAUCCCCGCGAGGUAGCGCAAAGGAAGGCCUUCUUGGAGACCAGGCAGUGCAUUGAGGCGCGUCUCAAGAUACAGAGGGAGAAUCAACAACAGGAAAGACUCCUCUUAUCCGUUCUACCUCGACACGUCGCAAUGGAAAUGAAAGCCGACAUAGCUGGACAGCCCAAGCAAGAACAAUUCCACAAAAUCUACAUACAAAAGCACGAAAACGUAAGCAUUCUUUUCGCCGACAUAUGCGGGUUCACGACGCUCUCUGCUCAAUGCACAGCCGAGGAACUCGUCAGGAUAUUGAAUGAACUCUUCGCAAGAUUCGACCGCUUAGCAGCAGAACAUCACUGUCUCCGGAUCAAAUUGUUAGGGGAUUGCUAUUACUGCGUGUCUGGUUUGCCGGAAGCCAGACCUGACCAUGCCCAUUGCACAGUCGAAAUGGGCCUUGAUAUGAUCGAUGCGAUAGCCCUGGUGAGAGAAGUGAUGAAUGUAAACGUGAACAUGCGGGUUGGAAUACAUACAGGGCGAGUACACUGCGGCGUGUUGGGCUUGAGAAAAUGGCAGUUUGACGUUUGGUCCAACGACGUCACGCUGGCCAACUAUAUGGAGAGCGGGGGUAUACCAGGACGAGUACACAUAACAGAAGAAACCUUGAAAUGUCUUGGGAAUGAUUACGUUGUCGAACCAGGUCAUGGUGGGGAGAGAAACACUUAUUUGAAAGAUCACAACAUCGAUACGUAUUUGAUAGUGGCGCCCUCUUACCGUGGAGAUUCUUCUGUGCCCUACCAAAAUCACCCGAUGAACGGCAACAUCGCAAAGGAGAUGAGGAUAAUGGGGCAUAGUUCUCAGCCUCAUUGCUCAAAAAUUGGUUUUGGUGAGCCAGUGGAGAGAGAAAAAAACCCUGAAGAUGAAGUAAACGAGUACCUGAUGAAGGCUAUAGAUGCCAGAAGUAUUGACAGAUUGAGAACAGAACACUGUCGAACUUUCCUUCUUAAUUUUCGGGAUCCUAUUAAAGAAUCAAAGUUCAUUUUGGAAAAAGAUCGAAUGCUCACCAUGUAUUUCUUCUGCUCAACAUUCUGUUUCAUAACAAUCCUCCUAGUUCAAUUAUCAGUUUUCAAACGUAAUGAUACGGCAAUACUGUAUUCGAUUCCCAUCGUCAUUCUCAUUAUUUUCAUCCCUUUUUUGGUCUACCUGGACAACAUCAAAAAAGGGAGAGGCUUGCCAUGGAAGCUAUUCAAUUUCUCCAAAAUCAUCCACAGUAAUAGAAACGUAGCUCAAGUAUUUUCCUUCGUGAUGGCCGUAUGUAUAUAUCUACUCGUCAUUCUACAAGCAUUGUCUCUCCCGUAUGAAAUACAGUGUCUCAACUCGACUUUCGAUGGUCUCAACUGCACAACUCAUAUUUUCAACUACACCAAUGAAAAUAAAGGCUGCAGACACUACUAUUUAGUAGAUUAUCUCUUGCUUCUGGUCAUGGUGGCUUUGAUAGCGUGCGCAGUAUAUCAAAUCCUGAUUUCCCUGCUGAAGACAAUCAUCCUGCUGGCUGGAAUGGCAGGAUUCCUGACGGCCUACAUCAUUUAUAACAAUGGCGUCGACAUCACGCCAUGUUUUUAUGUCAGCACCAGUGAGUUGACUGUGACACACCAGUAUUUGAACAUUGUUAUUUUGAUGGGUUUCGUGAUAGCCCUAAUUCUACAUGGACAACAGAUCGAGGCAACAUAUAGGUUAGAUUUCGUGUGGAAGCUUCAAGCAACAGAGGAGAAAGAAGAUAUGGAGCAUUUAGAAGCGUACAAUAGGAAGCUAUUAGCGAAUAUAUUGCCUGUACAUGUGGCAGAACACUUCCUCAACAGUGAUAAAAAUAAUGACGAACUCUACCACGAGCAAUGCGACUUCGUGUGCAUAAUGUUCGCCUCGAUUCCGAACUUUUCCGAAUUCUACGUCGAAUUGGAGGCCAACAACGAAGGCGUCGAAUGCCUGCGAUUGCUCAACGAAAUUAUUGCAGACUUCGAUGAACUCCUCUCGGAAGAUAAGUUCAGGUACAUCGAAAAGAUCAAGUCGACCGGCGCCACGUACAUGGCUGCCUCCGGCCUAACUCACAGCACUUGCGAUAUGAUCGACUACAAACACGUCACCUCCAUGGCCGACUAUGCUCUGAGACUGAAAGAUUUGCUGGCGGAAGUCAACGAGCAUUCUUUCAACCACUUCCGCAUCCGCAUCGGCAUCAACGUAGGCCCUGUAGUUGCGGGGGUGAUUGGGGCCAGGAAGCCGCAGUACGACAUCUGGGGCAAUGCAGUCAACGUGGCCAGUAGAAUGGACAGUACAGGAAUGUCUGAUAAGAUACAGAUAACGAAGGAAGUCAAUCAGAUUCUCCAAGCCAAAGGGUACCCUACGAAAUGCAGAGGGGCCAUAGAAGUCAAAGGAAAGGGUUCUAUGGAGACGUUUUUCUUGGAAGGGGCCCCAUCAAGGUCAAACUCCCGGCCAAAUGUAACAGUGAACCCUUUAGGAAACUCCAGUUUUGAUAGUACUGUUCUAGGUACGAUAUCUGAGAGGAAUUGAAUCAGGGAAUUGUGAAUUUUCGUUCUAGUUUGCUCUGAAAUUGCAACAUUCGAAGAAUAUUUUAAUGUAUGUACCUUCCUACCUAAAUUGAAGAACAUCCUAUGUGUACCUACUUUUAUUGGAAAAUUUCCUGGUCACUCUCUGAAUUUCACUAUUUUAUCUUCCUCAGAAAAACUGUCAGAAUGAUAGUCAAUUCUAUAUUAUAAGAAAAAAUACGAUAUGUAGGAUUAUAGAGAUAAGAAUUGUAAGGCACUUUGACAGUUUUCAUUGUUUUAAUACUCUUUGUAUAUAUUGUUAUCCCCAGAUUUAUUUAAAUAUUGUUUUUUAAUAAAAAGUUACUGUCAC